AUGGCCAUGCCUGACUACAUGUAUGCUUCUUCACAUCUGUCACGGAAAAGUCAACCAUGGAUGCCUGACAGGUCCCAAUACGACCAAGGCAUGAGUACAGAAUGGGAAGAUCAUCCGCCGAGGAAGGAAAAAGAGAAACAGCUCGUUGUCACUCUUCGAGAUGACCAGCUAGGGCAGAUUAUCCAAGCUAUGAGUCCACCGAAGCAGAAUCGUGAGCUAUCGCAUGGAUCAGGCAAUCAACGCCAUGAGAAUACUGGUCGCAUACCGACUGCUUACAACUACUGUCCCCCAAAGUCAGACAUCAAUCCACCUAUCAACCGCCCGUCGUCGGCGGCCAUGGCGCGCAAGCCAUCAUACUCGGACUUCAAUAAUGCCCUACGGAACGCAUCGAAUAAGCAGUCACCAAUUAAUCAGCGGUUCCACGAUGCGAUUAAUGACAAACAGCCUACGAUGAAUCACCCUUCCUUCUCAAGCAACAAAGAGAAUCGCCCGCCUUCGCAAUCGCGAUUGCCUACUGCGUUUCCAAACGCGAAACGUGUUCCGACGCCGAACCCCUUCGCGCAAAGGCUUCCAACCCAUACCUCAGAUAUCUCCAUGAGAGACCCAUCUCCGGCACGUUCAAGUAUGUAUAGGUUCAGUCGGAGCGAAGCGCCACCUCCGACCAUUGAGCCUGCUAAGUUUGGGUCAGCUCACGGCCCUUCAGCUGUGAAUAUCAGGAGCCGGAAGGAAGGCCUGGCAUCCGACUCACCGAGGCUAUCUGAUCAAGCAAUGCGCCAUGAUCAGAGCUUGCUGCCAUCGUUGAACUCAGGUCCUCGGACUGCACAUAUACCAAUCUUUGAGGAUAAAGACGAAUCCUCACACAACGCCCAGAAGAAUAUCCCUGAUGUAGUGGAGAUCAUCGAUGUGGAUGCCAUCGACCCCCAUCUGAAUACCAAUGCUUCUUUCGAGAGCAAUAAGCUGUCUCCAUUCAAGCCCUGCCACAAGACUGGAGUGUCACUGUCAAGUAUAGACAGUACCGGCCGUCUGGAGAGACAGCUCUACAGUGCCCUUGGCGAAGAACUCGGCAGCUUUGAACAUCAUAUCGACACCACAGGCAUGGGACCUGAACUUGCACAAGCACUCGGUGGCGUCGCAGCACACUCCGAUCUCAGCGGCUCCGGCAUGCUAAACCCAAACGCUCACGAGUUUGAGCCAACGAUCAAGCGGAAGAGACAGAGUACUGUGGGUGGCAGUCGGGAGAGAAGUCCGAUGACCAAGAAAGAGAAGGCUGACUUGCGAGCUGGCGACCAUCAGGAAGAGGUGGUGGUGUGUAUGAGGGGGGAUUGA